AGGACAAGCGAAGCGUAUAUCAACACAUACACACACAAGACACACACACAGAAGACGAUGAAUCCCGCAGAGUUCACGGACAAGACGAACGAGUACCUGCGCAACGCGCAGGACAUGGCGGAGGAGCUGGGCCACUCGCAGCUCACGCCGCUGCACGUGGCGCACGCGCUGUUCGAGGACCGCAACGGCACGGCCAAGCGCGUGGCCGACCUGGUGCACGGCAACGUGGCCGGCUUCCAGCAGGACGUGAUGCUGCAGAUCAAGAAGCUGCCGAGCCAGACGCCGGCGCCCGACACCAUCGGCGCCGACUCGGCGCUCGUCAAGAUGCUCAAGUACGCGCACAAGAUGCGCAAGGACAUGAAGGACACGCACUUGGCCGCCGACCACCUGCUCGUGGCGCUGUACCACAACUCGCAGGUCGCGAGCCUGCUCAAGGCGAACCAGAUGGACGAGAACCAGGUCAAGGACGCCGUGGCCAAGAUGCGCGGCGGCCGCCCCGUCACGAGCGCGUCGGCCGAGGAGAACUACGACGCGCUCAACAAGUACGGCCAGAACCUGAUCGAGCUGGCCGAGGCGGGCAAGAUCGACCCGGUGAUCGGCCGAGACGAGGAGAUCCGCCGCGUGGUCCGCAUCCUGUCGCGCCGAACAAAGAACAAUCCGGUGCUGAUCGGCGAGCCUGGCGUGGGCAAGACUGCCAUCGUGGAGGGACUGGCGCGCCGAAUCGUGGUGGGCGACGUGCCCGAUUCGCUCAACUGCAAGCUCAUCAGUCUGGACAUGGGCGCUCUGAUCGCUGGCGCCAAGUACCGCGGCGAGUUCGAGGAGCGUCUGAAGGCCGUGCUCAAGGAGGUGAAGGACAGCGACGGCAAGGUCAUCCUGUUCAUCGACGAGAUGCACCUGAUCCUCGGCGCCGGACAGACCUCAGGAGCCAUGGACGCGGCCAACUUGCUCAAGCCAAUGCUUGCGCGCGGUGAGCUGCGUUGCAUUGGCGCAACGACAUUGGACGAGUAUCGCCAGCAUGUGGAGAAGGACAAGGCGUUCGAGCGUCGUUUCCAGCAAGUGAUGGUCAAGGAGCCGUCCGUUCCGGACACGGUGAGCAUCCUGCGAGGACUGAAGGAGCGGUACGAGUCGCACCACGGCGUGCAGAUUCAGGAUGCGGCGCUGGUAGCUGCUGCCAAGCUCGCCGACCGCUACAUCAAGGAACGGUUCAUGCCCGACAAGGCCAUCGAUAUCAUCGACGAAGCGUGCGCGAAUGUGCGCGUUCAGCUCGAUAGCCAACCUGAAGUCAUCGAUGAAUUGGAGCGCCGACACCUGCAGCUUCAAGUCGAGGCCACUGCUCUUGGGAAGGAGAAGGACGCAAUGAGCAAGCAGCGUCUCAAAAAGGUGCAAGAAGAGCUCAACAAGAUCCAGGACGAAUUGGGACCGCUGAAGCUCCGGCACGAAUCUGAGAAGGCUCGCGUGAACGAAAUCCGACAGCUACGCGAGAAGCUCCAGCACCUGCAGCUGAAGGCGGAGCAGGCUGAGCGCAACCAAGACCUGCAGACUGCGUCGGAUCUGCAGUACUACGCUAUCCCUGAUGUCCGUCGCCGUAUCGCCGAAGCGGAGGAAGCCAAGAAGCGUGAAGACGCGGAUGAAACGCAGCACAAGAUGGUCGAAGAAGUCGUGCGUGAAGACCAGAUCUGCGAGGUGGUGGCUCGCUGGACAGGCAUCCCAGUGUCGCGCCUAACGUCGAGUAUGGGCGACCGCCUCAUGCACCUGGAGGAGCGUAUCCACCAGCGCGUGGUCGGCCAAGAGGAAGCGGUGAAAGCGGUUUGCGACGCUGUGCUCCGUUCGCGUGCUGGACUUGCGCGUUCUGGACAACCCACCGGCAGCUUCCUGUUCCUGGGCCCCACCGGUGUCGGCAAGACGGAGUUGGCCAAGGCACUCGCGUACGAGCUCUUCGAUGAUGACAAGCACAUGGUGCGUAUCGAUAUGAGCGAGUACAUGGAGGAGCACACCGUUUCCCGCCUCAUCGGCUCACCCCCGGGCUACAUCGGACACGAGGAAGGCGGCCAGCUUACGGAGGCUGUGCGCCGCAACCCGUACAACGUGAUUUUGAUGGACGAGAUCGAGAAGGCCCAUCCGAAGGUGCUCAACAUUCUGCUGCAAGUGUUGGACGACGGUCGUCUGACGGACUCGCACGGACGCACGGUCGACUUCGCCAACACGGUUGUCAUCAUGACGUCGAACAUCGGCGCAGAGCACUUGCUCUUCGAGAACGACCCGUUGAUGCGCGCUAGCAAGAAGAUCAAGACCGAGAGCGACUUUGUGAAGUCCGAAAACGACACCAAGAAGGAGUUCGCGAAGCAGCGCGAGCUGGUGCUUCAGCAGCUGCGCCACACGGUCCGCCCGGAGCUGCUGAACCGUCUGGACGACAUUGUUGUGUUCGAGCCGCUGGGCCGCAAGGAGCUUCGCCAGAUCGUGAUGCUGCAGUUCGAGUCGGUGAUCAACCGCCUGAAGGAGUCGCAGAUUUCGGUGAACGUGACGACGGCCGCGCUGGACGUGAUUCUGGACGAGUCGUACGAGCCGCAGUAUGGCGCGCGUCCCAUCAAACGUUACAUCGAGAAGCACAUUGUCACGGACCUGAGCAAGCUCAUUAUCUCCGGUCAGCUCCACGCGAAGACUCACGUGGAGAUCACGGAGACCGGCGGCAAACUGUCCUUCAACGUCGCGCCACUGGACGUCGAUGUCGAGAUGGCCCCGUAAAACGCGCUAGAUAUUUUGAUGAGGUUUCGGUUUUUGAGCGUAUGCAGGAAGUAGUAAGCAACAAGUACACAAGCUUGAUUUACAUUU